AUGACAAGCGACCUCUUUCAAUCUUGGCUCAACACAGUGAACAUUAAGAUAAAAAGUGAAAACCGGUCAAUCUUGCUAUUUAUGGACAACUGCUCUGCCCAUCCACAUGUUAUACGCAGUAACGUAAAAUUAGUCCUUCUACCACCCAACAACACAUCUCGACUUCCGCCCUGUGAUGCAGGCAUCAUACGAACUGUGAAGAUGCACUAUCGAAAACAACUGCUACGCAGCAUCUUGGCGAGAAUGGAUGAAGCAACAUGUGCAUCAGACUUGGUAAAAAGUGUCAAUAUUCUUGAUGCCAUCAUGUUCCUAAGUAGAGAUUGGGAUGCUGUUCAACCAUCUACUAUUACUAGGUGUUUCGAAAAGUGUCGGUUUGUGGAGUCGAGUGUGAGGGAGGAAGAAAACGAAACAGCUGGAGAAGUGAAUCUUGAAAUGGAUCUACAGUUUCUGGUGCACUCUGCUGAUACAACAUGGGCUGAGUACUCAAACUGUGACCAGAAGCUGGCCACUUCCUAUACUGAAGAAGAUGUAGAUUGGGAGCAAACGGCACUCGAGCGUGCUGUUAACGAAGAUAAGGAAACCCAAAAUGAGUCUGACACAUACGUGGAAGACGAUGCUGAGGCAGUGGGUGAUGAUACCAGUAAAUGUCUGUCUGAGAGGGAGGCUGCUGUUCACUUACACCAACUUAGGGACUUUGCUGCACUCGAUAACGCUGAAUUGUUGCAGCUGAUUUCGAAAAGUCAAUCAAUUGUGGAAAAGUUACAACGUACCUCAAAGAUGUUCAAUAUACAAAGUAGAAUCACAGUGUUUGUCAAGUAG